CUCGAUCUUUUUCCCGUAAAGGCGUCGCGCUCUCGUUUUUCUCCCCUUAAGAAGAUCAAUACAUCUAAAAAAACUAAAUUCAUUCGCAAGCCUGAUGUUUCUGAUGAUGAUGACGUUCCUGAAGAGUGGGACCGUUUCGAGUCUCUUCACGAUGAUCCUUAUAAUAUCGAAAGGGCUAACAAAAUGUCUCUGAAGUAUGAAGACAAAAGUGAUCACCCUUGGGAAAAGGGAGGAUCAGGUUUAGUUUUUCACACAGAUGAGCGUACGUGGCGAAAAUUAGACCCUCUCCGAAAAGAAGAAUUUUUUGAUGAGCCUUCAAGCUUUGACUGGGACAUUGAUAUGGAGGCAUAUGAAGACAUUGGGGCGGCUUAUAGAAAAGGCUGUGAUAUGGAUACUCUUCAGUUGAUAGAAAUGCAUAAACAUCGUGAAGAAGAAUUUUAUCAUUGUUUAGAAAAAGAUAAGACGAUUAAAAGUGGUAUUGCUUAUUCACAAAGCCUCCUUCAGGUAAACCUUUCGUCUAUUUGCUUAAAAUAUUUUUGCUUAGGCUUCUAUAUAAUUAAAUUAACUAUAUGA